AAGAAGCAAUCUAAGUGGAGCCCCGAGGAGGAUGCCGCUAUCAUUGAGCUUCGUGGCAACGGCAUGAAGUGGGAAGAUAUUUCCAAGCACUUGCCCGGACGUAGCGCCAUCAGCUGCAGGCUUCGCUUCCAGAACUACCUUGAGCGUCGCUCAGAGUGGGAUGACGAGAAGAAGAACAAGCUUGCUCGUCUCUACGAAAGAUUCAAGAAGGACAUGUGGGAGAAGAUUGCCAAAGAGAUGGCUCUGCCAUGGCGAGCUGCCGAAGCAAUGCACUGGCAAAUUGGCGAGGUCGAGAUGGCCAGCCGUGCCAAUGUCCCUGUCUUC